UUCUUGCUGAGCUUCUUGAGGGCGCUCUUUCAAGAUGUCAGCGCCCAUGCAUGCGUGUGAGUCGCUUGUUUCAGCCUAGACAACCCCGAGUGUUAAAUAACAGCAGUAUGGCUGCAUUGGCGAGACUAAGAGUGAUUUGUAAGUGCCACACAGCCACUGCAAUGAACUCUUCAAGGGUUCCCUCAGUGUUAACCAAGUAUAGAUGUCUGAGGACCGGUCAGUGUGUACAGGCUGGAAAGAAGUGGAGAGAGAGCCAAGGUCAGUCUCAGUCGGGAUACGAGUAUGGCCCACUUGUUGAUCUUCCAGAUUGGGAAUAUGCAGAUGGGCGACCAGCACCAAUGGGAUCAGGACAGUAUACGCGACAGCAGGAACAGAGACAAAUUGCAGAACGCAUCGACAGACUGGCUUCAGAGAUGAUGGCUGCCAUCCAGAAGGAGAAGGACGCACAGACCGCGGAGCAGAGGAGGCAACAGGAAAUAGACCAACACAAGCUGAAGCCAAAGGGUGCAGCACUCAAGAAGAAGGCAUUGCGCACCAAAGAUCCAGUUUUAUAGUUGGCAUCCAAGGAAACAUAUGCACUCGUGAACUUUAUCUACGGGCAAGUCCAGGCACAAACAGUAGUUCUACCUGUGGUCAGUUACUUCAUGUAUGCGCGCACACACUACAAUCACACCCGGAAGACCGGUUUAAAAAUGAUUUUGUAAACUCUCACCGUCACUGGCAUUUUUCCAUUGGCCGCAACCGCAGCUCUUGCUGCAUUCAUGGUCGGUGACAUCUCGGGCCGUUAUUAUUACGUGAAUGGUUCGCUCCUUACUGAUAAUUGAUAUCAGCUACGCGUAUUAACCAUUGAUGCGAUCAUGCACUAGAGCCAGGUUGCAUUGACAAGGUGGUCCUAACUAUCCACCGCUCGGGCGAGCUCAAACCUGCCCUCUGAUAAAAACCUCAUCACAUGUGGGCACAGAGACUGUCUUAAUCUAAGAAUCCCCCCAAAAUGUCACUUUAUAGAUAAAUUGUGAUAUAAAGGGGAAGAAUAUGGACCCAGCUUGUUGCAUGUACUGUAUGUAAAUGUUCAGGCAGGAU